UUCGCGUCUAACUUCGAUGUUUGACGACACUUUACCGGAAAUACAAAGAUUGUGCGACUUUAUUUGGAUUUUAAGGCAGUUUUUAAUAUUUGUUUUAUAUCUAUGUUUCAGUAUUAAUGCUAUAAAACACUUUAGUCAAUUACGUGUUUUGGUAAAAAAAAAAAAGUAAAGUAAAGAAAGCCAAAGUUUGUUCAGUCAUAAAACUUAGCUUCUAGCUUUCCUCUUGAGACUGUCACAGUGUUUUGAGUGAUACGGUGUCUUGUUAUUGGCAGCGGUGAUGGCUACCGCGCCUGAGAUCUCGCUUCAUAUGAGAUCAACAGAUCUAAUCAAAAGGGAACCUCUGGAUUAUGGAGGAUUUGGAGAGGUCUAUUUGUGUUACCAUGCUACCCUGGGCCAAGUGGUGUKGAAGACCGUGUAUACAGGUCCACUUCGCAACGAAGAAAACAAAAAGUCGCUGCUGGAGGAGGGAAGUAUCAUGGCAAGCCUCAACCACAAGCGCGUGGUCAAGUUGCUUGGCGUGAUUAUGGAGGACAGAGAUUGCUCUCUUAUUAUAGAGCUUYUACCCAGAGGCAACCUGCUGGUCAUGCUGGAGAAGGUCACUGUGCCAAUCUCCAUUAAGGGGAGAAUACUGAAAGAGUACAGUGUUUAUCUUUCUGUGUCCGUUUGUAUUUUCCUUCCUUCAUAUGUACAUUGCAUUGUACCUCUGUCAUUCCUUUUUUUAAUGCUUAACUUGAUAUGUAGAUUUACUUGUUUUSUUUACUUUUUACCMACACCUGGUGUAAAUUUUAUUUGCCAAGAAAAAUGUCUACGUUCAAUAAUGAUUUUACCUCCGGAAUUUAUAUUUUUACAGGAACAAUAUGAAGGUCCAGAUGAGCUUGUUGAGAAGAUUAAAUCAUUAUCAAUCACCCACGACAGUUUUUCAGCUACAGAUCAAGAUGGUCCAGCUCCUUUGAGUUCACACAGAGAUUUAUCAAUGCCAGUUGAAGCCAGCAUUGAGGACCUACAUAACAUCAAUGAUCAACCAUCUGGAGAUCCUCUUGAGACGGAUGCAAGGAUGCUGAGGACGCCCUCAGAGCUGGAGGAGAAACUAGACCGGGAGUUAAACUACCACAAGCAUGGCAGUUACGCUUGUAAUAACCAACCCGAAUCUGCCCAGGGCCUUCAGAGAAAUCCCUUGAAUCCUUUCUUUCAAAACCCUUUCAACUUUUCUGACAAUGGCCUUAGACUUCCAGCUCAAGAAGACUCUUCUGUCCAUUCUUGGAGCAAACCAGAACAGGAACAGCCCACCAGCCAGACGGAGGCUUACCGUCGGCCCACAUCCGAUCUCUAUGACUCCAUAACCUCCUGCUCGUCUAAUCCGUCGCUUUUGCACCCGUCUUUUAGCACUCCUUCUCUGUCGCAGUUUAACCAGCAGCAGCCACAUUUCCUGGACCGCCAGCAGUCCUUGCCAAUCUACCCGGUGUCCGACACCUUCGACCCCAACCGAAAUGCUGGCAAUAAUUUGACCUCUUCAAAGAGCGGAUCUAUCCAGGACGCAGGAUCUCUCUACAUUCAAAAUGCCAGUGGGAUCCAGAUAGGAAACAACAACACAAUGAGCAUUAGAGGUAGUGAGUUACCUCAGGGUUUGUUUGAUGGCAACACUGCCUCUCCAAUCCAAGAAGGCAUCUUUAAAUAUGCGGACCAUGUGGUAAAAGAGUCGCAGCUGGACGUGCUGAGGGAGAACAUUGGGAUGAAAUGGAAACGCUGCGCACGACGCCUGGCCCUGACGGAGGUGGAAAUAGAAACCAUAGAACACGACUACUACCGUGAUGGCUUACCGGAGAAGGUGCACCAGAUGUUGGAAUCCUGGAAAAGAAAGCAGGGAUCUUUGAACUGUACAAUUGGGAGGCUUUGUCAAGCUCUUCAAGGAAAUAUAAAAGUGGAUGUCAUUCAGAAAAUACUGGACUUGUGCGAUUCUUCUGAGUAGUUGUCGCUCUUUUUGUUCAACAGUGGUCAUAUUUUCUGAACUAUCUUUAAGCCGCUGAGGCCAACUUACUAUUGGUUUCAUGGGAAACGGUGUAACAAUAUUGUAGCAGUUAAGUGUUUUGGUGGGGUUUUAUAAUCUGAAAUAUUACCUACUUUUUAGUAGUUAUUAUGAUGAGCAAUUUAGUAAAAAAAAAAAAAAGUUCACAUUGACUGAUUUGACUAACUAGUUCAAAAAAACACUUUUCAAUUUCUGCUGGACCAGUUUUGAUAAAGACGAUAUGCAAACUAUUAUUAUGUUACUUCAAUAUUAUCUUUAGCUCAUUUUACAUAUGUGUGGUCUGAGCCAAACUGACGUUCUUAAUAGGAGUUUUCUGCUGUGUUUUUAUUUAUUUUUUUUUUUGUUACGUGGUGGAAUAAUAAUGAUWAAAAAAAACAUCAUGUUUGAGCAACAUGUUUAAAUUGAAUCUUCAAGAUAGAUUGAGUCAAAAAUAACAAGCACAGUAGAAAAUGGUGUCGAAUGUCGAACAUACAAAAGCAUAAAAAUCUUGUGCAAUAUUUCUACAAUAAUUUUAUGCAGUGAUGGGGAAAAAAACWAAAUGUUUUCUCCUGUAAAUUUAAGGCUCGUUUUGAGCUGCAAGAAUGUCAACCCAGUGAGAGUGAAAAGUAAGCAUGAAUUACCUCUYACCUUUCUGUUUGAUGACUCAUUGCGCAAAAUUACUGUAAUUUUCACAAUAUUUUCAUUCUGAUGAGCUGUUUCUAGGAACUAUUGUAGAUGAUAGACUUUUCCUCAUGUUUUGAGAUGCAUUCAGGUCUUCUUUGAAUUGGCUUUAUGGACUUUUGCUUGAUUAAGGUUAAGGUUAUGUAUAUUUGCACAAUCAGUGGUACGCUUCUACAAAUUCAAAGUCCUCGUCGGUCGUGUUCUGCUGGAAGCAUAUUACAAUAAAUAUUGUCCAUAUGUGUCKGUAUA